AUGAAGAAGAAGAUACUAAUCACAAAUUUGAUCGAGAAACAUAUUUACCGAUUGACGAAGAGAAGAAAAGCUCCUGGUCUUCGAUUGCUAAAAGGAAAAGAGAUGGGAGAAACCGUUGAAUCUCCAAUCACUGCUUCAGCUGUUAGGGCUGAUUCAUCGAAGAAGGGAGUGAUUGAUUCAUCUCAUCCUUUCUUUCUUCAUCCGUCUGAUUAUCCUGGUAUGAACCUUGUCUCUUCAGCCUUUGAUGGCAAGAGCUAUGGGGCUUGGCGUAGAGUUGUUGUCAUAGAUCUUUCAGCCAAGAACAAGCUAGGCUUUAUAGAUGGAACUCUUUCUGUUCCAGAUAAGAGUUCUGGUCUUCAAGGUGCUUGGGCAAGAUGCAAUGACAUGGUGCUUUCUUGGUUGCUUAACUCUUUGUCAAAAGAGAUAGCAGAAAGUGUCCUUUACUCACACAGUGCAAAGGACUUGUGGAAUGACUUGGAAGAUAGGUUUGGUCAGACAAAUGGUGCUAAACUUUUCCAACUGCAGAAGGAACUAAGUGUUGUUCAAGGAAAUUCUAAUGCGUCAAGUUAUUUCACAAAAAUUAAGAGUUUGUGGGAUGAAUUGGACACAUUGAUCAGCUUUUCUACAUGUUCAUGUGACUGUGUUUGUGGUGCCAAUGGAAAGAAUCAGAAGACUCACUAG